GGCGCCUGCCUUCAAGGAUUCUUAUGAUUUAUCGUCUCAUGAAUUCAACCAUAUUAGAUAUAUCAACCACCAACUCAGACUUAUUUUCUCAAACAUUGGACUUAUCCUGCUUAGUAAAUCUAGCCUAUCACUUUACCUAUUAUGUCUACCAGCGAAGACCUUAUCUUGAAGCACCCGAACAAUGUCAUCAGCAAUCCUGGAUACAAGACCGGCUCUGAUAAGCCCUGGGCUCGUACAUUCAAGCCUAUAAAGAAAGUCACCUCGCACACUAUUGUUGGCAGAGAUGACCAGUAUCACUCAAACUUUGAAACUGGCUUCAUGGAACUGCAGAAUGAUGACAGAUUGCGGUUUAACCAACAAGCCGCCACCAAAUAAUCGCCAUUGGAGACUCGAAACCGAGGCAGAUUGCGAAAACUGGUUUAAUACCGAGGUGGUAAAUGUAGUCCUGUCUGCAUGGCACUCCUAUCCGUCCCUCACACAGUCGUCUCACAUCAAACCCAUUUCAGAAAACAGUAUAGGGGAGAAUAUCGACUCUGUAUUUUCUAUCAAAGUGGGCCAACAAAGAAAGACCGUGGCGAUUGGUGAGAUUAAACGUAAUCUCCUUAUCCAAGAUGAAUGGCAAAAUGGAACCAUCGCAUCACCAGAUCAAAGGAAGCUCUCACAAGAGCUAAGAGGAUAUGCGGCGAAAUACGUGUGCCCUCAAGUCUUUUGCUUCGACGGUGCCGUUCUGGUUCUGCUGCAAUUCAGGGCCUUCAGAGCCGAAGAUAUUAAUGAUGAGAAAUGUCCGAUAGACUGUUGGACUCUCCCAAUUGAUGGAAGCUCCUGCAGCCUCCGGUAUGGACUUUACCGGCUCUUGGCUCAAGGUUGGAGACGAUGCCAAGCAGAGCUAGCAGCUCCUUUCAGUAUAGGAGGCCUGCAACCUUAUUGCAGAGAAUAUUUUAACGGUCAGCCUAUUUGGAAAGUCAAUGGUCAGAAGCAGAGGUCUCAUCCAAACGGCUAUCAAAGGGGUGUUGACCAGCAAACUGGAGCUUUGAUAUGGUCUCACCAAGUUUAUCCAGUGGAGUGGGAAACAGGGCCAUUUUGGGAGUAAGAGGUGGGAGCGUAAACCGU